GGCUUGGAAUUGCUGCAGCAGCUGCGGUUCUGCUGUGUCAUGCAAGAAGGAGGCGGCGGCGGCGGCCGGAGCUGGAGGGGGAGGAGGGGAGGAACCUGAUCCUCCGGUAACGAAGGGCUGGAGGCAAACACCGAGCUCCUCCUGAGCCACCCGGCAGCAGGGAGGGCUCCGCUAGCCCGGGGAGCCCUCCCCGCGGGGCAGAUGAAGCUUCCUGAGACCUCGCCAGAAGCAGAUAGUUCCAUAUCCGGACUUUCAAACCAUGUUCUGGGGUCAUCCAAACAUUCCAUCCUCCUGACUCCAUAAACUACUGGAUUCAUAACCGGCUCCAUACUUGAAAACAUGGGGAUUGGAAUUCGGGCUCUUUGUUCUGGUAAGCAUGUGACUGACUACAGCUGUCAACAUGGGCACCUCCAAAGUUACCUCGCAAAAACAAAGGUGUUUUGCAGUAUCAUGCUUCUUUUACAAUUUCCUGGGUCUCUACUGAAGAAAAGAAAGUAUGCAAUUCUUAGCAGUCUGUAGAGAAGAAAUCCCAAGAAGAAGGCUGCUACUUCUAGACACCUUGGGAAACUCAGAAGGUGAAUAAGAAACAUUUUAGUGGAUAAACCCAAUGACCAAUCUUCAAGAUGGUCUUCAGAAAGCAACUAUCCUCCCCAGUACUUGAUUCUAAAGCUGGAAAGGCCUGCUAUAGUUCAGAAUAUCACAUUUGGAAAAUAUGAGAAAACUCAUGUUUGCAAUUUGAAAAAAUUUAAAGUCUUUGGUGGAAUGAAUGAAGAAAAUAUGACAGAGCUGUUGUCCAGUGGCUUAAAGAAUGACUAUAACAAAGAAACAUUCACCUUGAAGCAUAAAAUUGAUGAACAGAUGUUUCCUUGUCGAUUCAUUAAAAUAGUUCCACUCUUGUCCUGGGGACCCAGCUUUAACUUUAGCAUCUGGUAUGUUGAACUUAGUGGCAUUGAUGAUCCUGAUGUAGUACAACCUUGUCUCAACUGGUAUAGCAAGUACCGUGAACAGGAAGCUAUUCGCCUUUGCCUAAAACACUUUAGACAACACAACUAUACAGAAGCUUUUGAGUCACUACAAAAGAAAACCAGGAUUGCCCUGGAACAUCCCAUGUUAACGGAUAUUCAUGACAAGCUGGUGUUGAAGGGUGAUUUUGAUGCUUGCGAAGAGUUGAUUGAAAAAGCUGUAAAUGAUGGCUUGUUCAAUCAGUAUAUCAGUCAACAGGAAUAUAAGCCACGAUGGAGUCAAAUCAUUCCCAAAAGUACCAAGGAAACCGUUAUUUCUACUAAAGGUGAUGGAGAAGAUAACCGACCAGGAAUGAGAGGAGGCCAUCAGAUGGUUAUUGAUGUUCAAACAGAGACCGUUUAUUUGUUUGGUGGCUGGGAUGGAACACAAGAUCUUGCUGACUUCUGGGCGUACAGUGUGAAGGAGAACCAGUGGACAUGUAUCUCUAGAGACACUGAAAAAGAGAAUGGUCCUAGUGCCAGAUCAUGUCAUAAAAUGUGCAUUGACAUUCAACGGAGGCAAAUCUACACAUUGGGGCGUUAUUUGGAUUCCUCUGUGAGGAACAGCAAAUCUCUGAAAAGUGAUUUCUAUCGUUAUGACAUUGAUACAAACACUUGGAUGUUACUAAGUGAGGAUACUGCUGCUGAUGGAGGGCCGAAAUUGGUGUUUGAUCAUCAGAUGUGUAUGGACUCAGAAAAACAUAUGAUCUACACUUUUGGUGGUAGAAUUUUGACUUGUAAUGGCAGUGUAGAUGACAGCAGAGCCAGUGAACCACAAUUCAGUGGCUUAUUUGCUUUCAACUGUCAAUGUCAAACCUGGAAACUUCUUCGAGAGGACUCCUGUAAUGCUGGGCCUGAGGAUAUCCAGUCUCGAAUAGGACACUGCAUGCUAUUCCACUCAAAAAAUCGUUGCUUAUAUGUAUUUGGUGGCCAGCGAUCAAAGACCUAUUUGAAUGAUUUCUUUAGUUAUGAUGUGGACUCUGAUCAUGUAGACAUAAUAUCAGAUGGCACCAAGAAAGACUCUGGGAUGGUUCCAAUGACAGGAUUUACACAGAGAGCAACUAUUGAUCCAGAACUGAAUGAAAUACAUGUCUUAUCUGGACUCAGCAAAGAUAAGGAAAAGAGGGAAGAGAAUGUUAGAAAUUCAUUCUGGAUUUAUGACAUUGUGAGAAAUAGUUGGUCUUGUGUCUAUAAGAAUGAUCAAGCUGCAAAGGAUAAUCCAACUAAAAGUCUUCAGGAAGAAGAACCAUGUCCAAGGUUUGCCCAUCAGCUUGUAUACGAUGAGCUACACAAGGUUCAUUAUUUAUUUGGUGGGAAUCCAGGAAAAUCUUGCUCUCCAAAGAUGAGAUUAGAUGACUUCUGGUCAUUGAAGUUGUGUAGACCUUCAAAAGAUUAUUUACUGAGGCAUUGCAAGUAUCUCAUAAGAAAACACAGGUUUGAAGAAAAGGCCCAAAUGGAUCCCCUUAGUGCUCUGAAAUAUUUACAAAAUGAUCUUUAUAUAACUGUGGAUCAUUCAGACCCAGAAGAAACAAAAGAGUUUCAGCUCCUGGCAUCAGCUCUCUUCAAAUCUGGUUCAGAUUUUACAGCUCUAGGCUUUUCUGAUGUGGAUCACACCUAUGCUCAAAGAACUCAGCUCUUUGACACCUUAGUAAAUUUCUUUCCUGACAGCAUGACUCCUCCUAAAGGCAACCUGGUAGACCUCAUUACACUGUAACUGAAGAGUCACUGGACACAGAAAUGGAAAAACAGGAGUCGAAUUUCCGUCUUUUGGAUUGCAGCUCCAUUGACUGACAAUAAAGCUGCAGUGAUUGAGGACUGCACCAGAGUUCUGAAGGGAUCUUAACCAUCACAGGUUUUUACCCUUUUCCUUCAUACCUGACCUCAACCCCACUCUCUUCAUCCUGUUCCUAAAUUAGGCUAAUAAAGUGAAAUUGGUAUACUUUCCAGUUAAAUAUAUAUAUUUUUUCUUAUGUUAUCUUUUAAGAAUUAAUGAGUAUAAAAGGAAAAUUAGGCAGUUUACCCUUUUCAGAAUUUUCUUUCCUUUUUUUUUUUAGUUGGGGAAAUAAGCACUAUUAACAGAUUCAGCACUACAAGUAUUUUGAAUGUUGUUGCUGUUGGUCAUUUGGCCUGCCUUCUCAUCCCUUCCCACUUCACUUCACCUCCCGUCACACAACUGCGUAUAAGUGGUGUCACUUGUUUACCUCUUUACUUUAUUCUUAACAAGUGUAUAGUUCUCUAGGACAGGUGAUGUAUGUUAAGGUGAUAUCUGUGUCUGUGCUGACUUGUAUUGUGUUAUGUUAAACAGUAGGCAGAAUUGAGGGCUCAAGUUUGCACUCUUGGCCAUAGUACUAAAAAUGAAACCUGAGAUUGACCCAAGCACCUAUCUGAGAUUGGUAUAUAAUAUUUCUAUAAUGAUAUUUUAUAGUAGAUAUUUCAAUAGCAUCUGACUUUGAGUCACAGAAACCUUAAACCGAGGAGACUAUAGUUCAGAACCUUUAAGAGCCAUUCUAAAAAUGAUGAGCAGGAAGGAUCUGGUAGUGAAUAUGUUCAUUGAUAUCUUCAUAGCAAUUUUAGGAGAAAAUUACUCUUUCAUCCAGAAGAUCUCUGCAGAACCAGGGCUCCCGUUUCUCUUUGUGCUAUCUCUUUGUAGUGUUUUCAUUUGAGAGAGGAGGCUGUUUCCAGAGCUCUGCUUUUAUUUAUUUUUAUACACAUUGUCUCUCUCUGUCUGCUUGUGGAUAUUGAUAUUUUUAAGAGAAAUUAUUUGUGGUUGUUCAGUGGCAUACAACGGACAGGCAUUUCACUAAGCAUAUAGACCAGACUUUGUGAAUAGUUCAAAUAUUUUUUAAUUAUAAAGAACGGUAUGGCAGAUGGACUUUUCCCUGAGUCAGUUUUUCUGUGAGAGAUAGAGGUACAUAUCUUCUGAUGAGGUGCUGUGGAAUGCAGCGUGGGGAACCUACAUCUGGCUAGUGCUUACAUUUGCUCGAAAAGCGUGUUGUAUGAAGCUGAUCCCCACCGUGCUAAAGCAGACUUGUAAUAAGAAGUGUCAGUUGAUCCAGUGGCUCAUAAGAGUGAACAACUUUAUGGAAUCAAGUAUGUCCCUGAGUAGCAAGAUUAGGCUUCACCAAAGAAAGAAGAAAUUAACCUGCACUAUCAGAAAGUGUCAUGUAUAGGAAAGAAACAUUGAGAUCCCACUUUAUUUUGUCUUUAAUACAUGGUUUUGCUGCUUUGGGGGAUGAAUAGAAAUAUAUUUUUGCUAGUUCUAGGCUUGAGUUAUGAGUUCCGUGGCUUUCUUGGCAUCCCAAAGCAGUCAACAGUGAUUUCUUAAGCAAUUUGAUCUGUACCUUUACUUGUGAAAGGUAUGCUACGUAAUUCAGCACCUACCAACUUGUGUAGCUGCUGAAUAACCAAGUGACUGUCCAGUCAUGUAAAUACGGUUUACUUACAUACUUUUAUGGUUUCAUAAAACAAUUCCCCUGAGUGACAUAAGAACAUAAAAUAGUAAUAUCACUAGCAUAGCCUGUUGAAUUUUUUGUGGAGACAGGUACAAGUCAGAAUAUUGACAAGGAAGAACUUGAAUUUGCUAAGACUUCCUAAAUUUAAAAGCUCUAGUUUUGCUUAGUAUGAUUAAGCAAGUGAAAGUCCUUGCCCUCCACCAUUUAUUUUUACAGUGCUUCUUUGUAAUUUUUUUCAUCAGUUCCUCAGAUGUUGUUUGGAGGAAAUGAAGUUCUUGACCUCAAUAAUUUUAUUUUUUUUUUUCCCUAAUUGCUUCCCUACUAGUUUUUUGGAAAACAUGUUUGUUUUAAUUUCAUCUUUCCUCACUUUAUUUAGGUUCAAUUUUUCCCUCUUCAUUUCUGGAAUUUUUUGCUCACCACCAUGCUUAAAUGGGGUUGAAUCAUAGCAAGCCAUUUUCUCUUGCCAAAGUGAGAGGAGAUAAUUGGAAAGUCAGACUCUGUACUGUGGGGCUUUAAUGGGAGCACUGCUGGAAGUGAUUGCAGAGAAUAUAGUGCUUCAUAUAUCCCUGACCAAGACUGACAUGUUGCUCACAACGUGUCACAAUUUAGUGAGGAGCCAGAUGUAUUUCCAAGAAUUCCAGCAUAUCUUAUAAUUUAAAUAAUUGAAUUUGGUAUUUAGGUACACUGUUUAUAUAGCCAAGUGUAUAUGCUUUACUACCUAACAAUUAUUUCAUUCUAGCUUAGGCAAAUCCCUAACUGAAACACCUAGCUAAUGCUUUAGACACAUGAAUUAAGUGGGAUACAAUUUGUUCAUUUGUAUUAUCUCCAGCUUCAACCUCAUACUUCCUAGUAUAAUACAUUCUUUUCAACCAGAAAUUAAACUACAUAUCUAGCAUUAUUUUCAGUGCUUGUACUUCAUGAGAAAUGACCUGAUUUUCAAGACACUUCUUAAGUGCAUUGCAUUUUAUUUUGGUAAUAGCAGAGACCUCAUGUGACCAGUUUGAUUGAUUCAAGAAUUUAUCACUCUUAUUCAAGCAAAGGAAUUCAUUCAAGUAAAUUCAAACUUGAAUGCCUACCUCUGCGCUGAAGCUGACAGACAGUAUUAACUUUUAUCAAGGCCAUCUUUUAUACCUGUCUUUCAUUUAUACAAAAACUGACCUGUCCAUGUCUAAUAAGUAAAAACUGAUAGAAGACAUUAUAAAGUCACUGGUUUAUCAUAGAAAGCUUUGUUGGGUUUAGAGCUCAGUGAUUUAAGCUUGUAAAACUGCAUUCUCUGGCAAAAUAUGUAUAUUGUGUAUAAAUGGUUGGGAGCUUACCAUUACAGUUUAUCUCUUCACAUCUGCCUUAAAAAUGUGAUGUAGGCCGGGCGCGGUGGCUCAAGCCUGUAAUCCCAGCACUUUGGGAGGCCGAGGCGGGUGGAUCACGAGGUCAAGAGAUCGAGACCAUCCUGGUCAACAUGGUGAAACCCCGUCUCUACUAAAAAUUACAAAAAAUUAGCUGGGCAUGGUGGCGCGUGCCUGUAAUCCCAGCUACUCAGGAGGCUGAGGCAGGAGAAUUGCCUGAACCCAGGGGGCGGAGGUUGCGGUGAGCCGAGAUUGCGCCAUUGCACUCCAGCCUGGGUAACAAGAGCGAAACUCCGUCUCAAAAAAAAAAAAAAAAAUGCGAUGUAGGCUGGGCUUAGUAGCUCACGCCUCUAAUCCCAGCCCUUUGGGAGUUGGAAGCAGACAGAUGAUCUGAGGUCAGGAGUUUGUGACCAGCCUGACCAACAUGGAGAAAUCCCAUCUCUACUAAAAAAAAAAAAAAAAAUGCUAUGUAGAGAUACAUUAACAGAGUUAUAAUAAAACAGUGUUUUAAAAUCUAACCUAUAAACAAAAACUAGUUUGAGGCACCCAGUCAUUUAAUGAGAGAUUGAGAAUGAUGGUUAAUGGAUCAAAAAAGCACUUAGGAGUAUGUUUCUGAUUUUAUUCUCUAAAUUAUACUCAAUUUCAUGGUAAUUACAUGAAGAAGUUACCUAUAAUUAUUCUUAACACUACAUGGAAUUCCCUGGGUAAUUGUGGGUCAUUUAUUUCCUGAAAGUUAUGUGAAAUCCUUAGCUGGUUGAAUGUUGCACAGUACUUGAGAAUUACAGUUUGAAGUGAUUUCUGUGGGAGGGAAUCACUACAAUGUAUACUCUAAAUAAAGUCAUCUAACUGUUUUAAAAAAAAAAAAAAAGAGAGAGAGAGAUACUCUUCCAAAUCCUUCUUUUAAAAAUCCACAUUCAUCCACAAUCUCAUCCCUUUGCAGAAAUUAUUGCCUAAAUUCUCACCAAGUUUUGAAUUCCUAAAAUAGACCCGGAUCUGGGAUUUGAAGGCUCCCCCAGAAAAAGUUUAUGGCUGGAGGAGUGUCAUAGAGGGUCUGCAUAUGACAGUACUUACAGAUUAAAUUUUUGGAUGUUUUAACACAAAGAUUUUUGCUAUCCUUAUUGGCCAAAGAACACUACUAUUUUGUGGUUCUGGACCCUGGCUUCUACCUCCCUGUGAUUUGUUUUAAUGCUGAAAUGACUUGGCUAUCCAAAACUUCUAGUCUAGAGGUCUGUUGGUUGAAGGUAGAAGUUUCCAAGUUUGUUGAAAUAAUAUGAAGCUGACUAUCUCACAUGAAUGAUGUGGCCCUCAUUUGUUUUAGGCGAAGACUCAUUGCUGCAGUAUAUUGAUUUCUUCACCAAAUGAUUUUUCUUUUUCUCAAUAAAUGCUGUCUUAGAGGUUCUGCUUAUACAUGAUUUUUAAAACAUUGAUUUCCUUCUAUCCACCAGAUACUGUGAAUUGUUUUUCCAUUUAUUUUUCUUAGCAAAUGUAACUUUAUUCUUGACUUUUUUUAGCCCUAGAUUUUCUGUGGCAUUCUGUAGGAGCAUUGUAUUGCUUGGGAAGAAAAAAAAGAUCAAAAUCAUUCUUAGGCAAAAUGCUCUGUUAUCCUUAUUUAUGACAAGAGAAAAAUGAAAUUUUAAAUUGUAUAUUAAGGAAUUAAUAACAUUCAGAUACUGCUGUAAAAUACUUGAGUCGUUUUUAUUUGCGGAUAGUACUAAUGAGUGUGGCAACUGUAAUGGAGAAACCUGUGUUGGCCUCUUCUCAUGGCAUUAGGAACUCUUGUCAUAGAACUCUUGGUAAAGUACAAGUUUGAUAGCAGAGCUCCUGAAUUCAGCAUAUCAUCGGGAUUUCCAUUUACCUUUUGUCUUUUUUUAUUGUAUUUUUUAGCCUUUUUGUUUCUGUUCCUACCUUCCAUGAGUAGCAUUGAUUUUUCAGCUGAAGUUGGAAUUUUUAUUAAGAAUUGACUUUAAAUUUCUGAUAUAAUUGAAUAUUAGAAAUGGCUUCAGUUGCCAUGAAAUGAUUGCUUUUCUUUUUAUUUUUUUCUUAAAUAAAAAUAAUACAGCCUUAUAAAUGUCUCUUUUCCUCAAGAAUGUGAAUUUAGGCUGGGCGUAGUGACUCAUGCCUGUAAUCCCAGACCUUUGGGACGCUGACACAGGAGGAUUUCUUGAGCCCAGGAAUUUGAGAUCAGCUGGGCAACACAGCAAGACCUCAUCUUUACUUUAAAAAAAAAAUUUUUUUUUUAGCCAGGUGUGGUGGUACAUGCCAGUAGUCCCAGCUACUUGGGAGGCUGAGGUGGGAGGAUCACUUGAACCCAGGAGUUUGAGGCUGCAGUGAGCUAUGAUUGCAAUGCUGCAUCUAGACUGGGCAACAGAACAGAGCAAGACCCUGUCUCAAAAAAAAAAAAGAAUUUAGCUCCAAUUCCAAAUGACUAACUCUUAUGCCAGUCAUAGCCAGUGAAACCAUCGACAGUAGCUUCAGUAGCCCUUAACCUAAGGAGUCAUUAGAGGUUAGAGUAAAUUAGAUUAUCUAAUAGUGCAGAGAGAAAUGCCAUUAUGGGAAAUGAUCAACUGUCUGCCAUUUUCGCUAAAGUUUUAGAUUGUGAACUGGAUCCUGCUUCACAGCUUAAAGACACAAAAUGAAAGGGUAGUUCUAGUUUAUCUUCUUAAUCAGAGUCAUUAUUUGGAAAUAAGAUUUGCAAUAUGCUGUUUGUCCCCAGACACUGCUGAGCUUGCUGGAAAACAGAAAAGUUUAACAUGGUUGUUAACUGAAAGCUGUAGAGUCAACAACAAAAAAGGGGAAAUGUUUUUGGUAGGGAAUUGGACCAGUUCUAAGAUAUCACUUGUAAUUAUAAAAUAAUGUCUUCCUUUUUAUCUGCUUUUCAAACAGUCUCAGUGAACUAUUAAACAUUUGUGUGCAGUGUCCUGUUUUGCUUAUCUGAGACAUUUUGACUUGGAAGUAUUAAACUUCAGGAACGAGCUAGAGAAGAGAAUGAGAGUAUGUUAGAGAAGGAAAAAUAGGAGCUUUUGCUCAUGGAUUUUAGAGGUUCACAAAUUGAAAGGAAAAAGAAAAUCCUUUGUUUCUAACCCUAAAAUAAUUUUGUUAAUGAGGUGCUGGGAAGAAGACUAUCAAAAGAGCUCAAAGCUCAUGCUUUUAGAAUAAUCAGUAAUUCUGAAUAGUCUUUGGGAAAUAGCGUUUCUUGGUUAAUUACCUUUCUUACCUUCUCCCAAAUGACUGUUUGAGACCUUAAAACAGAAAAUCCAGUGUUAAUGGGCUCUAGAUCUUCAGCUAGGUGAGCAGUUUCUUACAUACAACCAGUUUUCUUGAUAAGGAUCCAGCAGGAAAACCAGCAAUAAAACAUUUCAGCAUGCAAUUUGGGGGUUCCGUUGCUUAUUCACUGAGUUUAAGCUCUUGCUGCAACAUGGCUCUGUACCAUCUGGGAUGCUAGCAAUCACAGCAGUUAGCUCAGAUAUCUGAGCUGUCUGCCACACACAUACCAGCCUGAGGAGAUCAUCAUUCUUCAGUUUCAUUCAUUACUUAAUGAAUGCCAAAUUAAUUGGCAGGAAGAAGAAACACUCUGUGUGAUAUACUGAACAAGCCUGUGUGCAUGAUUAAGGAGUCACUCAAAAAGCUAAUUUUGAGCUUUAUUUCUCCUUUGUUAACAAAUCUCAAGAAAGCCUUUGUUACAGUUUAGCUCAUGUCAUUUGGUUGGUUUUAUUUUCUAGCCCUUUAACAUAGGAGGAAAUUGUCAUUUCAUGUACAACUUGUAACACAUACAGAAUUGAAAUGAUUAGUUUUCUUGCCUUAAAUUAAUUAUAUAUCAUCUCUGUUAAUUCUGCUUUGCCAAGAAAUAAUGACAUCUGGGUUUGGCAUUAGAAGUAUUUCAUACUUUUGGUUUUUUCUUUAGGUCUCUUCCACGUCUAUAAAGUGAUUAAAUUAGAGGAGGUAUAUAGAAUAAGUCCCAAUCCCAUUGCAGCUGGCAGAGCAACAAAUGAGAAAAUCUUACACCAUGAGGGCCAUACCAUCAGGUGUUUGCAAGUGACAGCUAUAUAGUGUGUUGUCUUGAAUGCCAAGUUAUAAGAGAAAUAAUACCAAGUAGUUAUCAACUCACUCCCAAAUUUAAUAAUAAGAUAACAAAGUCUGAAAGGUUACUUAUGAGUUGUCUUCCAUGGGGGAAGAUAAAUUUAUUAAAAUGUCAUGUACUGAUUUUCUUGGGGUUUUUUUUUUUCCUUUCCCAGAAAAAUGAUUUUGGUGACUAAUCAAUUGUAAACACUUUGCUUCCUUACUAACAAACCAUCCAUUUAGAAAAAUCAAAGUGGACUUUCUUUCCUAAGCAUUACAGUUAGCCUGGGCAAGAGAUGUUAUGAUUGUCUUAUUCUUUAAGCCAGCUUACGUUUUGGAUUUGUGUGAAAUGUCUUUUGAAAAGAAAUUAGAUAGUAUAGUAUUAAUUAUCUAUUGUGUAUAGUCUUCUGCAUAAUUUAGAGUUGCACAAUAAUGUAACUUUUCUGUAAACAGUAUUCUUUAUCCAUAAAUAUUUUAUAAAUAUACAUAUACAUUUUAAAAAAUUUUCUUUUUAAAGAGAUUUCUUGCCUUGCUCCCACUCCAAAAGCUAUGUACAGUUCAGUCAUUAGCCUCAGAGGAAGAAUAUAGGAAAGCAACGAUGAGGCCCUCCUUUUCUUGUGUUGGUCUUGGGAACAAACAGUAUUCCAUCUUUCAAAAAUGAUGUAUUUGUAAACAGUUUGGGAAAGAUGUUAGAAAUUUUUUAAAGUCAGCUCUUUUAUAAAUUGGAAAUAGUAGUCAGAAAUAAGAUCCCUUCUGAUAGAGAUAGAUCCUCAAAACCCAAGUUGGACUGAAAAUUAGAUUGAGAAAGAUACAACUUCAUCCAUAGCCAAUAAAAUCUGUCUUUCCAAGUCUGCUUAUUAAUGCUGUGUGAGUCGCUCCUUCUCCUUUUGAAAACAUCUCCUGGACUGGAAAUGUGGUGUGGUAGCAACCAGCUUAGCUGAAAAUUGGAGAAUGUUAAAUAGCUCUUAUGGGACUUAACGAUAAAAUGUAUUGAUGUUAGUGAUUAUCAAAAUAGGUUUAUCAUUAUAAACUUAGGAAAUUACUAACUUAUACUUAAUUUAGAAGGAAAACCAGUAUUAAGUGAUAAGACCUCUUCAUUUUAUUUGCUCUGACUUAUUUCCAUUACCAAACAUAGUAAAGGCCAGAAAAGAUUAAAAAAAAAAAAAAUUCCUUUUUUUUUUUUUUUUUUUUUUAAAAACCACAUGGAGAAAGGACCAGGCUGGAAGCAUAUGUUCCCACCCGUAUUUAUAUUCUUUUGAGCAUUGCCCUUUUCUAGACAGACAAUCUGAAAAUAAUUGUGUUGAUAUGUCUCUUUAAGCCUGAACUAUGGGUGUAAGAGGUUAUCCAGAAGCUUUAGGGAGCUGCGUUGCUCAGGUCAUUGGAAGUUUCAUCCCUAAGACUCAUUUGAAUUCCUAAGUCCUUUAUGUACCAUUAUGGGCAUAUGGAGCAUAUUCAUAUUAUGAGGAGGAGUCUUUAUGAUGAACUUUUUAAUAUGGCCAUAAUUAAACUGACAUCCAAAAAGGAUGAGCUACUUGUCAGAAGCCAAAAGAAAAACAGACACAAUGAAUAUGAAGCGAGGAGUCCAUAAAACAAGAGUUCUUUACCACAUUUAAGCAAAUGUCUCUCAAAAAAUUGUAUUUCUCUACACAUUAGCUGAGAUUCACACAUGUUGCACCUCAGUAUUUCAGAUGAGACUCUGUGUGGAGGAGAAAACUGCAGACUUGUUUUGUUCUGGUUUUUCACACCCUCUUCUGUGGCAAUGUGAGGUCAGGAUUGUUUCCUAAAGUAUCCACAUUGUCUUAAAUAGAAAUCAUGGGACUCUAGAAAGCUGGCAUGAGCUGGUGGGAGCUUUUAAACAAGUGCUUUAUGGGUAUCAGAUCUCUUCUGACAUCAGUUGUUUCAAAUCAUUGUUGGGCUCUGUAAUGUUCUGUGAUCUUCCCCGUACCCCUCAUGAUCCUCUCCGGUUUAUCUUUUAUCUAAUCUCUAUGGAUUUCUUAGUAUUUUUUUUUAGUGCAAAUAAUUUUCAGAUCCCAGCUUUGGUAAAUGUGUUAACUCUACUUUGUGAAUAAAUAAAUGAGUGAUCUGCUGAAUGAUUGCAAUUGUAGAAUUAUGUUGUAUGUAAUGUACAUAUGGAGAAAGAAUGUAUUUUCAUUUUCUUAAUAAAAAGUUAUAUAUGGAUGCUA